AUGAGAGAUCCAGAACCCUGCAGAAUGAAACGCACUGAAGAUACCGAAGAACAAACAGAGUUGAUUGGAGAACAUCAGGAGAUUGAAGAACUGAGUGAAGUUGAGGAGCAAAAUCAUGUCAAAACUGGAGAAAAACCUCAGAGUUUCUCUCAGGAGGUUUUAAAGAAAAUAAGUGCUGAGAAAUCUUUCACCUGCACUCACUGUGGAAAGAGUUUCACAUGCAAACAUAGUCUUAAUGUUCACAUGAAAGUUCAUACGGGAGAGAAACCGUUCUCUUGUGAUCAGUGUGGGAAGAGAUUUGCACACUCGGCACAUCUUAAGGUACAUAUGAACAUCCACACUAGAGAGAACCUGUGCAUGUGUGAUCAAUGCGGCAAAAUGUGUUUGCGGGCUUCAGACCUGAAGAUGCACCUGAAAGUUCAUACCAAGGAGAAGCCACAUCCAUGUUAUUUAUGUGGAAAAAGUUUUUCAUGUCUACAAAAUUUGAAAGUACAUCAGAAAAUACAUACUGGUGUGAGAGAGUACAUGUGCUUUGAGUGUGAAAAGACUUUUAUUUCAGCGAACAAUUUAAAACUGCAUCAGAGGAUCCACACUGGAGAAAAACCUUACAAGUGUUCACACUGUGACAAGAGAUUCAGUUGGCCAAGAAUCCUGCAAAGACAUGAGAGGAGCCACACUGGAGAGAAACCUUACAAGUGUUCACACUGUGACAAGACAUUUAGUUGGUCGGGAAUCCUGAAAAGACAUGAGAGGAGCCACACUGGAGAGAAACCUUACAAGUGUUCACACUGUGACAAGAGAUUCAAUCUGUCAGAAAACCUAAAAAGACACGAGAUGAUCCAUACUGGAGAGAAACCUUAUAAGUGUUCAUACUGUGACAAGAGAUUCAGUCAGUCAGCAAAUCAGAUAAUACACGAGAGGAUUCACACUGGAGAAAAACCUUUCAAGUGUUCACACUGUGACAAAAGAUUCAGUGAUUCAAGAGACCUAAAAAGACAUGAGAGGAUCCACACUGGAGAGAAACCGUAUCAAUGCACUGCAUGUGGGAAGUGUUUCAAACAAUCAUCUGCUCUACACAGUCAUACAAAAAACGUUCACUGUAAGUAGAUCAUCUUCAGAUCAGGACUUUCAGGUCUGAUGCCGCGUCCUCAACAAAUAUGACACAAUAAUGCAUCAAGCAAUAAAAUGUCAUCUGGAUAAAUCUGUGCUAACCAGUCAUUACAAGUGACAUGACAAAGAAACAUUAUCUAAACUUUUCACAGUGAAUAAAGUUCAUCAUCAUCUUUAAAACCAUCAGUUUCAACUGUGAGAUUCAGAUCAACUCAAAGAUGGAGUUCCUCCCCAAAGAACAAUGGCAAAAAAGUGUUACUCUUGUGUAUCAUUUUGCUUCAUGACACAAGUCAGUGGUUCCCAACACUGGUCCUGGAGGCACACCAACACUGCACAUUUUGCAUAUCUCCUUUCACUGACACCAAUUUCAGAUCCUGGAGCCUCUACUAAUGAGCCGAUGACCUGAAUCAGGUGUGUUUGAUUAAGGA